AGCUUGAUUUUUUUUAAUGGAAUUAAGCCUUCGUAAUCGAAUUAUGAAUUGCGCAAAGUGAUUCGGUAUAAAAAAAUAGAGGUCGCAAGUGCUGAAGUACUUUGUUAAGAUGAAGCAAGUGUUCAUGUUUUUGGCCACACUAAUAGUGGUUUUUCAACAGUCUUCCAGUUCAAGAGUGCUAGAGCUGAGCGAUAAGUUUGCAGAUGUUCGUAAGGAUGGGGGCCACUGGUUGGUCAUGUUCUAUGCGCCGUGGUGUGGCCACUGCAAGAGGCUUGAACCUGUCUGGGCUCAUGUCGCUCAAUCUCUGUACAAAACCAAUAUAAGAGUGGGAAGGAUUGAUUGCACUCGUUUCACAUCUAUAACCUCAGAGUUCAAAGUCUCUGGGUUUCCAACUAUCAAAUUCAUCAAGGGAGAAGAUGAAUACACCUUCCACGGUGAUAGAACCAAAGAUGAUAUCCUUAACUUUGCUAAGAGGAUGUCGGGACCCCCUGUGCAAGAGUUAACUAGGGCGGACAGCAUGAAUAGUAUUAAAACGGCGCAUCAGCUUUUCUUCAUGUACGUUGGAUCUCAGGAUGGACCUCUUUGGAAUGUUUAUCACGGCGUGGCUACGCGAUUGCAAGCGCACGGAUUUUUCUAUUCAGCUAGUACGGACAUCGCUAAGCAGCAUGUAGAUAUUGAUGAGUUACCUGCCGUUUUUGUAUACAAGGAGAGCCUUCAUUAUUUUUACUCAGUCGAUUCCGGUAAUUCUGUCGCUGAUGCCAAAGAUUUGAAUGAUACCAUGUACAAUUGGAUCAACGAGGAGAGAUUCGAGACGUUCCCGAAAAUCACCAGAGGCAACAUAAACGACAUAAUGCAAACGAAGAAGUACCUAGUUUUAGUUGUGGUCGAAGAGAACAAGCUGCGUGAAAUUCCCGCGGAGAUGAUUGAGUUUCGCGACAUGGUGGAAUCGGUGAUUCGUAAGAAACGCGACAAGUUCCACAAGAACUUCCAAUUCGGUUGGAUCGCAAGUCCCGAAUUGGCUAACAGCAUUGCCAUGACUGUCCUUCCUCUUCCGUACUUGCUCGUCCUCAAUUCGACGACGAACCAUCAUCAUAUUCCUGAAGACGAUCCGGCUCAGCUCACCGCAGCAGCAGUCGAUUUGUUCUUGGAAAGGAUUUACAACCAAAGCGUUACAACUUACGGAGGAAACAGCUAUACAGUACAAUUAUACAGGUAUUAUUUUGAGGCAAGAUCUUCGCUCGCUGAAAUGUGGAGAGGAAAUCCUGUUUUGACCACUGUACUAUUUGGCCUUCCAUUUGGCUUCCUCUCGUUAAUUCUCUAUUCCAUUUGUUGCUCCGAUAUCUUAGAUGCGGAUGAAGAAGAGGACGAAGAUUCCCACGAGAAGCGAGAGUAAAAGUACCAAAAAAAACAAAAACAAAGAGAGCUAUGAUCUAGUCAAUAAAUGUGGUGUUUAAUUAAA